AUGGAAGGCACUGAAGAGAAACUGGCAGACCAGGUGCUUUCUACUUGUUUCUCUGGGACCGAUGAUACUUUUGGAGAUCCGCAGGUGCUUCCACGGGUUGGAGAUCAGUACCAAGCUGAAAUUCCUUCUCUAGAUGUGGAGUAUGAUACGAUAAAGCACGCAAGUACAUCAAUGGGUGCCCAAUUUGUUGUCAAAGGAGAGAAUCUGAUGACUUCGAACGAAAUAUUUGCUAAUGGAGAAGAAGUGAAAGAUCUUGAACGUCUUGGUGAAGCGGAUGGAGAUUAUAAGAUGGACCUGCGUUCUUUAGCGGAGGAUCCGAAAACUAAGAUGGAUCUAGAUGUUGGCGUCUUCUAUCCGGCUGACUCAUCCGGUGAAGCUUGGACUAAUGCUGAAUGUGACGGCUUUCUCCUUGGUCUGUAUAUCUUUGGGAAGAAUCUUAUCCUUGUUAAGAGGUUUGUUGAAAGUAGACCAAUGGGGGAUAUGUUGCGCUUUUACUACGGGAAGUUCUAUGGUUCGGAGAGAUAUCGCAGAUGGUCGGGCUGUAGGAAGUCCCAGAAGAGGUGUGUUUCUGGGAAGAAGAUAUUCACAGGAUGGAGGCACCAGGAAUUACUAUCUCGAUUGGUUUCUUGUACCUCAGAGAAUUGCCAAAAGCUUUUUAUCGAGGUUUCUCAGCAAAUGGAAGAGGGAAGAACUCCAUUUGAAGAGUAUGUAUUCACGGUAAAGGAAGCGGUCGGUCUUGGCAAUCUAGUCGAAGCAGUAGGAAUCGGCACAGGAAAGAGAGAUCUCACCCGUGUGGUCAACGAGUCUGCGAAAGAGAAAAACAUGGUUCCGCCGCCGAUUCCAACCGGCAAAUCUUGCUCUUUACUCUCGGCUGCCGAGGUAAUCAACCUUCUAACAGGAGACGUUAGGUUAAGUAAAGCGAGGUCGAGGGAUCUUUUCUGGGAAGCUAUUUGGCCCCGCCUUUUAGCUAGAGGAUGGCACUCCGAGCAGCCUCAGCAUUACAGCCAUUCUGGGUCAAGGCAUUCUCUUGUUUUCCUCGUGCCAGGCGUUAAAGAGUUCACAAAAUGGUGUCUUGUGAAAGGAAACCACUACUUCGACUCCAUCAGCGAUCUCUUGAAUAAAGUUAAAUCGGAGCCUGAGCUUAUCGGGCUCGAACUCGGAGCAGUAAAGGAGAAUACUCUCAAGGAAGAAAGCUGGCACGAUACAUCUUCAAAGUGCGACUUGGACAACAUGUUAGAUCGAAAAUGCCAGCAGAGCUAUCUGCAGCCCCAGAAUUCGAAACCCGGUCCAGCUUCAGCUGGCUUCAUGAUAGUGGAUAUUUCGAUCCGCCAAGGACCGGCUAAGAUGGGAGAGGCGAGACUUUUACCGAGUGAGACAGCCUGUGCAUCUACUCAUCCUGGGCUGAGUGCAAAAGAUGCUUCUGAAGUGUCUGAAGACAAAGAUGAUGCAACUGAUAAUAGAGCAGGUUCUCAUAAAUCAGGUGAUGCAACAAGAGUUAUUGAUGAUAUACAGCCAAACUUGCUUAAGAAAUCUAGAUUCGACUUGGAAAUGAAGGCUGGCCACCCAGAUUGCGAGGGUUCUGCUGCACCGCAGCAGCGAGAUUUAAGUCCACUUGCUUGUGGAGAGUCGAACAGUUGCUUCGGAAAUCUCUCUGCGCGGAGAGGAUCAUACAAGAAUGAAAUUCAUUUCCUUUCACCUGUCAAGAACAAGAGCAUAGUCUUGCAGAGAGGUUCAUCUCAAGACUUUCUGGUUGCACGUUCCUUUGUUGAAAUCAGUCCGGAUGAGCACAUGUCUGAAAGUUGUAAUGCUGCAUUUCCAUCUUUGAACAAGAGAUAUUCCCAUGCAUCAAUCAACUCGAAUCUCCAGCAAGUAUCAACCGACGCUGGAACCCAUGAACAAAGUCCUGCCAAAUCGUCAUAUCCAUCCUCUGGGUCGGGUCAGCAGAUAGAGCCGUCGAAUCCAUCCUAUGGCGCUUCCAACAUAGAGCAACAGUGCACUAGGAACAGCUGCAGGAGAAGUACUCGGAACCGGGCAUUGACGAGAAAAGCAAUGGAAGCUAUGGAAAGCCGGUUCUUCAACACAAAGAGGAAGAGGAGAGAUGCCAAGGCUUCCGAAGAUGUUUCAGCACCGAUUUCUCCCCCAUCAAAUGCCAGCGACAGCAAGUAUGAGCGCAACUUCUAA